AUGGUAUCCAUGGUAUUUUUCUCCAAGACGGAGACGCGUCGCUCGUUCAACGAUGGAGAAGUUGCCAAAGUUUGCGAAGAACUUGAGCCCCGGAAGAAGAACAAAAAGAUCCACCAUUCGAUGGAGAGUUACCGGUAUUUCAGGCUAUCCUGGUAUUCCUGUAAUCGAACCGUACACGCUCUGUACGGAGGUAUGUAUGGUAUCGUAACCCGACCCAGCGGCGAGCCACGUAAUCGUUCAUCCGAUCUGGCUCCGGGAACUCUUGUGUCCUCCUCCUCCUCCUCUCUCUUCUCCUACAUCUUCCCCCGUUGA